UAAGUCGAGGCGGGGCGAAAACAUUUUUUUUUGUCGACAGCAAGUCUCGCUCUCUGUGUGCUGUCUCAAACAUCCUCGCAAACAUGCCUCAAGCAUGACAAUAAACUGGUUGAGCUGGGUUACGGGGGGGAAAAGCGAUGAAACCGAAGAGUUUCGACACAUGGACUAGAAGCAGGUCGCAGCUUCGGAGGAAAACAUGGCGAAGAGCAAAUGAGGAGCUUAAAGUUUAACCGACGAGAAGCUUGACGAGUAGAAUAAGUGAGAAUGGCACAUCGCUCUCAGUGUUCCUCUGCUGGGGAUAACCCCCUGGACCCCAACUACCUCCCCCCUCACUAUCGGGAAGAGUACCGCUUGGCUAUCGACGCACUGAUCGAGGAGGACUUGGAGGGAUACUAUAAGUUCCUCAAAAAAGCAGAUGUGGUGGACUUCCUGUCCUCACCUGAAAUUCUGAAUAUUCAGAGCUCGAUUAAGGACCCUCAGCAGAUCUACAACCCUGAACAACAGUUUCUGGAGCUUGGAGGAGAUGGCUCCUCAGACACUUACUGGCCGCUUCACUCCGACCUGGACGCCCCAGGCUUGGACCUUGGCUGGCCUCAGCUGCACCACUUCAUUGGGCCCACAGAGGUCACAACUCUGGUCAACCCCCCUGAGCCGGAAAUGCCGAGUAUUAAGGAGCAGGCCAGACGACUUAUCAAGAAUGCACAGCAGGUAAUUGCUAUAGUGAUGGACAUGUUUACCGAUGUUGACAUUUUUGCUGAUAUCCUCGAUGCUGCCAGGAGGAAUGUUGCCGUCUACAUCCUUUUAGACAAGCAGAAUGCACAUCACUUUGUUGACAUGGUGUCCAAUUGUAGAGUCAAUCUACAGAACUUUCAACUUUUACGUGUGAGAACAGUGUCUGGCAUCACGUAUCACUGUCGCUCAGGGAAAUCCUUCAACGGUCAGAUGAUGGAUCGCUUCUUGUUAACAGACUGCAGGGCUGUACUGAGUGGGAACUACAGCUUCAUGUGGUCUUUUGAGAAGCUCCAUCGAUGCAUGGCACACCUUUUCCUUGGACAGCUUGUAUCUACUUUUGAUGAAGAGUUUCGGAUUCUGUUUGCUCAGUCCCUUCCGCUCAUGAUUGAAAAUGCCAUUCCAAUGGGAGAGCUUAGCCUUUCACAAAAGAGGCAAUAUCCAAGUGAUAGAACACUGUAUAGAGAGCCAAAGAAAUUUCAGCCACUGGACAACGCUCAACCAGAAGAAUGGCCGAGACAUUCCUAUGAUGAACGCAUGGACAUAGAUUGGAGAAUGAUGCCCCUUAAAAAGCAGGAGUCCAUGCACGGCCCUGCAGAUAUUUACAGUAGAUUUACAUCCCAGCAAUCUCGCAUGGAUCCAUCUUUUGAUAAGGGCUCCUCCAGGAAGCCCAUGAUGGAAAACCUCGCCUUGAAACGUCACAGUUAUACUGAAGAUGCUCAUGGUAGAUACUCUUAUCCAUUCUUGCAGCAGGGAAUGCCAGAGCCUGAGACACAGGGAAGGCCUUCCCACAGGGGGCAGCAGCCUGGACCAGUUCAAGGAAAAGAAGUAGAUUACAGUGGCUAUGACAAGUUCUGGAACCAAGACUUUUAUUCGGAAGAUCAGCACUCUGAACCUGGUUUACCACAAGAAAUUGAACCACUUGAUAACUUUGACCCUGUGCUUAACUACUUAUCAUCUACAAGAAUUGCAGACUUUGACCAGGGCUCAGAGAAUUUACUACCAGCAUCAGAUGUACCAUUUGGUUCUUCUCAUCCUAGAAGAUUAAAUGUAGGCCAGCCACAUGCUUGUCAAAAAUCUCCCACCCCCUCAAAUCUAACUGAUCAGAAGCAGUUUUUUCAGGAGCCUAAUGUUGACCGCAAGGAUCCUGUGGUGAAACGGGGGCUAAGGAACUGGAGGAUUAGCUCAUACCUCAGUGCACAUGAUAAUCCAGGAGAUGAAGGCCUGCCAUCGUCACCAGCUGAUUUACCAGAUACUUUUGAAGAGCCUUCUUUCCCCAUACAGCAAACACCAGGCAUACAUCUAUCAGUCCCUAAAAUCCCUAAUGUGAGAGAGUUUAAGGUUCCUGCAAUACCCAGGGCAAGUCAAAUUCCAAAUUAUGCCAAAACCACUGCACGAGAACAGCCAAAGAAAUUGCCUGAUGAACCUAUUCCAGUAUCAACAGAAACCAAAACAACACCGACACCUUCAGAAUCUUCAUCCACAACCGAAGUGGAAAAGAUAGAGGAGGUAGAGCAAAAGGAACCCAAAACUGCUGUUCUUCGAAGGGAGGAUUCCUUCCGUAGGAAUUAUAAUGCAGCUUUACCGAGGAGCUCUAGGUUAAGAUCCUCUCUGAUAUUCAGCUCUCUGGAGCAGCAGCAUAAUUCUCAAGAUACCAAAACUGCUCUAGACCAACAGGAUGAGGAAAGUGACAAAAAUGAGCCAGGACAGAAGAAACUACCUUUCGUUUCUCAUGUUUUGGGACAAAGGAGGCCUACUGCAAGAGAACCUUUUGAAUGGAGUCGUUACAUGAAGUCAUCCACCUGUGAUAACUCAGCCACAGACCCAUCCAAACCAGAUGAUGGAAACAGUACACAAGAUGAUAAAGAUUCACCAAAGGACAAAACGUCAAAGGACCUUUCAGAGGUACAAGAAUCAUUGAAACCACCAGCUGAAGAGCAAGCAAAUUCCUCACCAUGCAUGCCUGAAUCAAAGGGUUUUGAGGCCGAGUUGCCCAAAACUGUUCAGCCAGAACAGCCAACCAAAUCUUUGCUCACCACUCCAUUACAUGUAGAUAUGAGUGAUCCUGAUGAGAGGCUCCUGUUUUUCAAAGAGUUGGCAGCAAAACGCAAAGCUGCUAAGGCUACAGAAGCUGAAAAGAGCAAGGAGAAGCCUCCGAUGAAAUCACCAACUGAACUAAAAAACAAUACUUCUGUUAAAAAGGAUGAGCCUGUACCAAAAGAAACCUCUGAAAAGAUGGCUGACGCUUCAACAUCUGAGCGUCUAUUAGAUAAACAUGCUACUGCAGAGGAUUCAGGGAAAACGGCAUCAACAGAGACAUGCAAGCCAGUCAGUCCAUCUUUAGAUGCCAGUGAUAAGGCCAACAAGCAGGACAGUCUGGUCACGACUGAUCUCAAUACCUCCCAAAGCUGUAAACAAGAACAAACCAAAGUUUCAACUGAUUCAGAGAAGAUUGAGCUGAUGAACAGCCAGUCAGAAGAAGCUCUACCUGUUUCUGCGCAAACAGAAGUAAGUAACUCAGAGAAAUCACUAGAAGAGCCAAAGCUGUCAAAUAUUGCUGUAGAAAUGAGUAGCCCAAGUGUUCCACCUACACCAGCCAAAAUACACCACACACCACCAAAUGCUACUCCUGCUAGUGUUCCUUCUCUUGCACAAGGUACUGAUGAAAGUGAGAGCCAAUGCCUUGAUUCCAACACAAAGGAGUCUGGUUUACUCACUCCCAGUUCAGUGGAGGAACCACCAUUUUCUGCAAUGGCUGCAUUGGAUUCUAAAACCCCAAAUUCUGACACAUUUCAGUCAGAAACCAGCAUCUCCUCUCCUCCUCUGCUACCUGAACAAGACACUGGAUCAGAACUCAAAUCUUCCAACCCAUCAGGCCAAAGCUCUUCUGCUAAUCCUAUUGUGCCGGAUUCUGGUUCACAGAUCAAUCCAAGUCCUUCACCCUCUAGCUGUGCACUUCAUUCCACUCCAGCAGAGACCAUAUCCUCUAAUGGUACCCAAGAAGAUUCAAGUUCAACACAACGUUCCAGCACAUUGUCCCCAAAUGCACAGGAAUCUGUCAGCCCCUCACCGCCAGAACCCUCCAAAUUGACGUCAUCUGAGACCCUUUCAGCAGCUGACUCUGUACAUGCGGAAUCUGAUAUUUCUCCUGACAAAUGUGCUGCCGGUUUAGAGUCAAACACAUCUUCAUCGCAGUCCAGUUCAAAGAUAGACUCUGAACAAUCUACCCCCUCCCCAGCAGACACUCCCCCCAAGCAAUCUGCAGCAGAAACAAGCUCUCCUGUCCUCCCAGAUGUUACUCCAGAUGCUUCCCAGUCAGAAAGACAAGCGACCCCACCCUCCGAACUUAACCUGACAGGAUCUGUCUCUCCCACUCCUAUUGAAACAGUAACAUGUUCUUCUCCUCUAACGGAGUCUGUCGGAUCAGUUUUGUCCCCUGAGGCUGAAAAAACAUGCAUUGCAUUGCACAGCCCCUCAGAGACUGAAUGUCUUCCCAAGCAGAUUGCAACAAACUCAACUGAAACUCCAAUGCUUCCUUCAACAGAAACGUCUAGCCCAACUGAGCCUACCUCAAAAGUCCCAACAGAGCCAACUCUGUCAAGCAAAACACCUGAAUCUGUGACUUUUGAACCCCAACCUUCAGAGCUACCUGUAUCUGCUGAAAAUAGUAAUCUGGACAGGCAGAAUGAAGUGAGCAAAGAGCCUGAAAUGCCUGACCCUGAUGAGAUAAAGACAGAUGAUACUGAGGCCACAAAUAAGGUUAAUAAAACAACUACACAGGAGUCAGCUUGCAAUGAGCAAACAAAUGAACAAGUAGGGCAAAAUAACUGCUCCGAACAGCCAGAGAUCACAUCAGAUGAAGCCGUUCCUGCAUCACCACAGUCCAAGCAGCCAAAAUCAGGUCAAUCUCGCUACCAAUCAUCAACAGCUAAUGUGCUCUCAAGCAGCAACCUGAGAGACGAUACAAAGAUUCUUUUAGAGCAAAUUUCUGCUAAUAGCCAAAGCAGGAUCGAAGCUGCUAAAGAGUCUCCUGUAACCGAUGACGAGAAAGAAGACGAAGCUGACAAAAAUGCCAAAAGGGAAAAAGAAAGAGGGAUCAGGUCACUUAACAGAGGGCAGCCUAAGACAAGUCAGGAGCGUGAGAUGCUGCUGGAGAGGAUUCAGAGCAUGAGGAAGGAGAGGAAAGUUUACAGCCGAUUUGAGAUGGCACCUUAAAUGGGAUCCAAAAGAACAAAGUCAAUUGAAGGCUGAAAUGAUGACCAAGAUAUUUUCUUACCAAAGACAUUUAAUAGAAAUGGGACUUCGCAAACAAGACAUAUCGUGUGAAGAAGAAGCAGGGUACCUGUAUCGGUGGCACUGAACUUUAAAAUGUGUAAAACUACCGGUAAUACAAAUUAAUUCAAGCCUAUUGUCAUGAUAACAUGUGCCAUGACCAACAAAGGGCUUCUUUCUGAGGGUGAAUUACCAAGUUGCUACAGGCGUGAAAGGAAAAUGGACUGAGGCUACAUGAGAGGGAGUCAAAUAUGAUAUUACUGACUGCAUGGGUCAAGUGCAAUGUUUGCAACAGAAUGUGUCUGGAUUGAGGUCUGACCUUGCCUUUUUUGCAGCAAUCACAGCCAUUACGUUAAUGUUUGCUGUUUUUAAGACUAAAUGUGAUGUAAAAGUGUAAAAGACCAUUUAAAGUAGGGUUUAUGAAACUGUAAUAUAUUGUUGUUUAUAUUGUAGUAUUUCCCAACCGUGUUAAACAAUGAUGUAAAUCACAUGUGUUUGUGAAGCCAGUGAAUACAUAAAUUCCUAUGCAUGCAGGACUAUUGUUAUUCUGCUUUAAAUUGUAGCUUCAGGUCUUUGGUAUCUGAAUCAAACAUUGAAUUAAAAAAAUAUGAACAGACAUAAACAGAAUUGCAGUUUAAAUAUGAUAGUUAUUAAUAAUGAAUAAUUGAACACUGUACAGAACAUACUGUUUAUUGCUUUUUUCCCCCCAGUCUAUUAUCCAGUAAGCCUUAAGGUUUCAUGUCAAUAUUUCAAGCUGCACCUGGUUGCCUUAAAGAGUCAGUUCACACAAAUUAUCUGAAUCAUCCACAUUUUUUUUUAUUUUAAAGAUUGGUGAAACAAACAAACAUGUUUCAUGUUGAAUGAAAAAUGUUACUUUUUAAGUGUUUAAAGCCAAAGCUACCUGAUUGGCUAGAUGCCAGAGGGCUAAGUGACUACACAGGAAUUCACUUCUUUAAAUGAAACUUGUCAUACCUGUACACUGAAAUAAGAAAUUCCAAAACUGCAAAGACUUUACACAUGCCAUUUGUAAAUGAAAUUUCUCUAAAAUGUGUUUUUAUAUCUUCUGUGUGACUAAGGUUUCAAAAUGUUCCUGAGAUGUAUAGACAUUUUUUAAAGCAGACGUUUUGACUUGUCAUAAUAUGAAAAGCACAGGUGUUCAAGUACUUGUAAGCCAUGACAGCGUGAACGUUAGGCAGCAUGAACAAAACCAGGACCCUGAAAAAGCAGCUAAAUGGAAUACAGCCAUAAUUCAUUUUAAUACUUUUACUUUUCUUGCUGUGACACAAUGUCACAAUGUCUUCAGUGAAAAAGACCCAUUCUUUUAAUCCGUCCCUAAAAAAACAUCUUCUAUUUAAUGUUCCGAAAAUGACAUAACUUCCCGGAAACAUCAGUUUUGUGAGUAAUUAGGUUUGAAACAUCUGCCAAAAUACGACAGAAUGACAUUUUAAAUGUUUUUGAUUUAUGCUUGAUUGAAAGUCAGUGGAUUAAUGAACAUGUAGUUCUUUUCCGCUUAAUGACAUCAUGACUAAUUUACCAUGUGAAACACAAGACAUCCCUUAAUCCGUGUCUCACCACAAUGACAAUUCCUCUAGCACCACUGAGAAGUAGUGAA